UGGUAGGUUGGUUUGGUUUGGUCGCGAUGAGGAGAGACUGCGCGAGAUGCUGCUGUUGACACAUUCCUUGAAAGAUGUGUAAAAUGGCGCAAGUAUGUUGAAGCCACCGGCUGUAGUUUAUAUCAAAAGGAGCUGAUUACUUCCUUCCCCAUCCUUGUCUUCGCUCUCGCCUCACCUUCUUUUAUUGCAUCUCGUCUAAUUUUCAAUGUGAUUAAAUGGCUUCCGGACGGCGCCGCCAGGCUCCAUGCUCUCUCGGAAUACUCCUGCUCGCUUUUGUCGGUCUGACCUGCGGGGCCGAGCUCUCCUUCACCCUGGAGCCCAGUGACAUCAUCGCGGUCCAGCAGCAGCCCCUGAUGCUGCACUGCCAGGUGGAGGGAAUCCCACCCAUUAGCACCCAGUGGAGGCGCAGUGGAGCCCUCGUCCAGGAGGACCACAACUAUGUCAUGUUCACCAACGGCUCGCUGCUGAUCACACACUUCCAGAAGACCAAGACUGAUGGCUCAUCUGAUGAAGGAGACUAUGAGUGCAUUGCGCAGAACUUCUUCGGCCUGGUUGUGAGCCGCAAAGCCAGAGUUCAGGCUGCUACAAUGGCAGAUUUUCAUGUCCAGCCAGAGUCAGUGCGUGCAGACGUGGGAGGAGUUGGCCGAUUUCAGUGCCAAAUUCAUGGCCUGCCUGAGCCGGUCAUCAGCUGGGAGAGAGACGGGAGGCCUGUGGACACCUCUGAUGAGAGGUUUACUCUCUUGCCCACGGGUGUGCUGCAGAUAACGGGUGUACGGCCUGAGGACAGUGGGGUUUACUGCUGUGUUGCCCAUAACAGUGCUGGAGUCAAACACAGCGCAGGAGCACAGCUCACAGUCUCAGGCUCCCAGUCAUCUGUUUACAAAGAACCCAUGAUCCUUGUAGGCCCUGAAAACCUCACCCUCACGGUUCACCAGACGGCCAUCUUGGAGUGUGUUGCGACGGGUUACCCUCGUCCAAUCGUGUCCUGGAGUAGACUGGAUGGCCGGCCAAUAGGAGUUGAGGGCAUCCAGGUACUAGGAACAGGAAACCUGAUGAUCUCUGAUGUGAGAGUUCAGCAUUCUGGCGUUUACGUCUGUGCGGCCAACAAGCCAGGAACACGAGUGCGCAGAACUGCUCAGGGACUCCUAGUUGUGCAAGCCCCAGCAGAGUUUGUGCAGCCCCCUCAGUCUAUUGCUCGCCCUGUGGGCACCACUGCCAUCUUCACAUGUCUGGCCCAGGGUGAGCCGGUCCCCCAGAUCACCUGGCUGAAAAAUGGACAGAUCCUAGAACCUGAUGGCCAUGUCAAACUCAGGAACAAUAACAGUACUCUGACCAUCUAUGGAGUGACCCAGGAGGAUGAGGCCAUAUAUCAGUGUAUAGCAGAGAACAGUGCGGGCUCCACACAGGCCAGUGCUCGUCUAACCGUUCUGUGGGCUGAUGGGUUGCCAGGCGUACCCACGGACAUACAUGCAGAUGCCCUUUCUCCCACCUCCAUUCAGGUGUCCUGGAAAGAGCCUACCCAAAACACUCAGGACAUAAUUGGAUAUGUGCUCCAUAUCCGCAAGACUGCUGACCCAGUGGAGAUGGAGUACCAGGAGGCUGUGAGUAAAAUGACCCUGCAGCAGGUAAUUGGUGAUCUGGAGCCUUCCACCAGCUACAGUUUCUAUGUGAAGGCCUACACGUCCCGCGGAGCUAGCAAAGCCUCUGAGACCACUGUGGAGAGCACUCUGGGAGAAGUCCCUGCUCCACCAACCUUGUUCACCAAGGUGAUUAAUUUGACGGUGAUUCAAGCCACAUGGGAGGCCUCCACUAAGAUGGGCCAGCAGGAAGGAUUCAAUCUCUACUACCGUAAGGUCCCCGUCCCCCAAUUCACAGGACCCCUCACCUUCCCACGAGAUGUGACGCAAUACAACAUCACUCAACUAGAUCCUUCUUUUGUGUAUGAAAUUAAGAUUCUGGCUUUUAACCAGCAUGGAGAAGGCAAUGCCACCCUGCGCUUUGUCUCACUGAAGGAAGCAGUAGAGAAAUCAGUGCUAAACACCCCUUGCGACUGUGUAAAGGACGAACAGAAUAAAAGCUCCACCACAGGCAUCAUCAUCGGCAUCCACAUUGGAGUCACUUGCAUCAUUUUCUGUGUCCUAUUCCUCAUGUUCAGCUACAGGGGCAGGUUGGUAAUGUGUAAAACCGUGCAGGCAUCCAGACAGGCGGGCAGGAACCCAGCAGCAGGAGUCGUGCUGGAGUCCUCCUCCUCACAGGGGGCUCUCAGCGGCCCCCACAGGUUCAGCCCAGAUGGGAAUGGAGGAGCGCACAAUGCAAAGAGCUGCACCGACUCCAACGAGAUGGAGAGACUCUUCUCAGGACCAUCCCACUACUCCCAUCCACCUGACACCACCCACACAAUCGAGAGCUCUCUGGUCUCCUGUCCACUGAAUGAAACUGAGAUGUCCACUCUUCCCCUGGAUGAUUUCAGCCUGGUGGAGGAGUGCGAGUUGCAGUUUCGCCAGCAUCCAGCAGAGGGCCAACAGGAUGAAGACUGAAAAUAAAUAAUGAAGGCCAAGAAUAUCCCCCACUCAGACUCCUGUCCAACUCAGGUCAACUGAAAGUAUUCCUCUUUUUUUAGUUUGUUUUUAUUGUGCAAAGAGUAUAUUAUUCAUAAGUUAAGUUCCCUUUUGGGAAUCACUGGACUGUAUGCUGAAGGUCCCUCUGGCCUCAAAGUGGGUGAAGUUUUGCGAUGGACCACUGUUAUUUCUUAUUGGUAGGUGAAUGAAUACACUCUUACAGUGACAACUGGCAGCAAGUCUUCAGUCACUUGUGUCUGUAAGAGGUUUAUCUUGGCUUCUUCCGGACAUCAGAGAAGUAUUGUAACUGUUACCAUCAAUUAGUUCCUCUGUUACCUACCAAUGAUUUCACAAGCCCAUCCAGCGGAGUCCAAGACCUUCUUCCAGGGAUUUAAAAUUAUUCUCAGGAUUUUUCUUGAUUUUACUGAUUUCAAUGUUUUACUUUUUGGAUUUUAUUAGUUGUCAGUCUUCAUAAAGACUUUAGACUCUGCUAUGUGAACCCUAGAAUUUGCAACAAAAAUACCUACCUCAGCUGGAAUGAAUGUCUUUUAGGAAGUCUUUGAGAUCUGCAUCAUGCUGUUUGUUCUGUUUUUAUACACAUCAAGCAUUCAGUCAAAAGAGAAAAAGGUGCUCCUCUACCUCAGAUUUCAAGGACUGCCGCUCUCCUGCUCGCCGAAGCAAAACGAGAAGAAAAAAAAUCCAACAUAUAGCACUUCCAAAUGUUGAAGUCAAUGUUCUACCUCAAAAUAACAAUGUUGUUAUUGUCGUUGUGGUUCUUUUUUCAUAUUGAAACAUAGCCUCUGUUCGUGAGAUCCUGGCUUCACUAUGUUGAUGAAUUGCUGUGUUUUGAUAUGUCAGUACCUCAUGCCAGUUGACAGAUGACAUUGUUCUAUGAAUUCUGCCUGUAAAGUUGUUUUGAUAGUGUCCUUGUAUUUGCGUAGGAUUUUUUAUGUUCUAUGUUUCCAGAUCAGAGUAUUUUUAUUUUAAUGGUAGUCGACGCAGUAAAGACUUUUUAAGAUGAACUGCACUGUUACUAAUUUCUUCAGGAUAUAACUUCUGCUCUCAGAUGAACCGCUGGAAGAAGUACAUAAGGCUGGAUAGAAACAUAAAUUGCUGUUUAAGUAAUUGAUUAGCUUCACGCCACGUUUUGCAUGUCGUGUGACAUACAUGAUCAGAAUAAGCACAUAAUACUGUACUGUGGGUGCUGAUGGAAAUAAAUAGUGAUAUAGAUUAGAUCAGUGUUUCUCAUUCCUGGAGGUCCACCAACACCACAGGUUUUGGACGUCUCCUUUGUCUGUCACACCCAAUACAGGUCCUUCAGUCUCUGCUAAUGAGCUGAUGAUCUGAAUCAGGUGUGUUUGGUUAAGAAGACAUGGAAUAUGUGCAAAGCUGGUGGUCCCCCAGGAUCGUGGUUGAGAAACUCUGGAUUAGAUAAAUAUAUAUCACGUUGUGACAUUGCGUGAAGAAUUGACAUAGCAUUUUCUUGGGUUUUAACUACAGGUCUUGUGAUCAAUUGCAAGCACUCUUAGAUACCGUUGAGCCUGUUCAGAUACUUUGUUGCAUGUAAUGAAGCGAGCACCUAUGAAACUGGGCAUUCUAGAAAUCUCCAAGAAAUGAACAUUCCAUUGGAAGCCACAUUCCACUGGAGAUUCUAACGUCUUCUAUGUUGAAUUCCAUCUCUUUUUUAGUUAAUAUCCCAAGCCCCAUGUCCAUAUUUUUAGUCCCACAUUGAUCAGGGAGCACAGAGUGUAUCAGGCACACGCACAGAACUCUCGCACACACAACAUCUGUUGGCAUUAGGAUAGUGAGUAGAUGAUGAUGAUGCCUGAGCUACUAAUGGUCAUCUCUUCAUAUCUCUGGCCGGCUAUUGAAUUGCUUUUCACUGUGUGCUCAGCCACCCAAUCCUAGACCAGCUGUUUCUUUUAGCAGGGAGGGAGAGUUGAAAGUACCAGCAAGAUGUUCUUUCUCCUCUGGUGUCCCAUAGUACUAUGGUGCAUAUCUCUAUUUUUUAAAUAACCUACCUCGACACAGCAGUCAUGCUCUCAGGUCGCUCCUGCUAUGAUGGGGAGAUUGUAUCUUUUUUGUAUAGUAAACACAUGUACAUUCACACAUACCCUUUAGUGGAUGAGUGUGUUACCUUAGAUUUUCACGCUUUUUGUUAGUGUAAAGUGUUAUUUUUUUUAUUAUCAAACAGUUAUUUUUGCUUUAUUUUUUCCCAGGACGUCAUAGGUUUUCAUUUUAGUUCCUAUUUUUAAAAUCUAAUCCUCAUCAUCAGUGUAGAUAAUGAGUCAAAUGAGCAUAUUUUCAUAAUGCCCGCAUAUUCUGUAAUCAAUUAUUUUGUAAGAAAAAAACGGACAAAGCAAAGCCUAGAUAAUCAACAAAAAAAUCCCACUCUUAUAAAGCGUAUUCUUACAAAUACUGGUUCUGGAACAGAAUUGCACAGUUUAGAAAAGACUCUGUAUAUUUAUUGUACCAAAUGCAUUGUAGUAUUGUCAGUGGAGACCAUAGAUGCUUUUGUGUUGUCCGUAUACAGAUAAGUGCUCAGUUCUUUGGCUGUAUUAAAUAGAAUUAAUGGAAAAAGUGUCUGAACAACAGAAGGUAUGUGAUACACUGUGCUGUAGAACCUUGUCCCUAAUAAUGAAAGUCUCUAUGAAAUGUCUAUAUUGUACAGUAAUGGUGCUCUUGACAUUCUUGUAAUAAGAUGAAAUGGUUUCAUCUGUGGUGUAAUGCAGUACAAACAAUGCUGUUACAUUUCCAAAAGUCUCCCGCAGUUGCAUUUCCUGAUGGAUUUGGCCUUGUUUGGUGAUAUUUCUAAUCUCACUGUGUCUGUGCAAAUCAGUACAACUUUUAAAACAUUAAUAUCAUCAUCAGGCUUCAUGUUCAAAUUUUAAUUAGUGUUGUAGUCUUGAUUUGGUUGAAUUCUGGAGGAUGUGUGAUGACAAAAAAAAGAGUUUAUCAGAUCAUGUCGGCUUUAUCUUUUCUACCUCAGAGCGAUCUCAUGAUCCCGUGUCUUGUUCUGAUGGAUAAUCUCCUCUCAGACUUUUAGAGAAGUUUUUUGUGCAUUUCAAAUACUGUUUCACAUACUGUGCGUUGACUUAGAUGAUAAUGCUCAUGCUGAAAAGUCUGUUACUGUGGAAAAGAUCCACAGAAUUUCUGGUCUGCUUGUCUCGCUUUGUUUCCAUUCAAUAUUUAAUUUCUGGCUCGAAUCCAUGAGUCCAAGAACAAAGGAUGUUUCCAGCCUCUAAAACCGAUCUUGUACAUGUAAACAUACAUGCGCACACACACGCGCACAGUCACAUCCCUGUAAAGAAUGACAUGUUUGUGUCAGCAUUAGUCCCGUGUCCCAGAUUUCCCCAGGGAGACUCAGGGAUGAGGCAUUAGCAUGUAACGACUCUAUGGCAACACAGACCUAUUCACAGCAGCAGAAAGACCUGCAAACUUUCAAUCUGUAAAACAAACAGCAUUUUGUACUGGAUAAUAUGUACUGGUUUCAGUUUGUUAAGCCCCUUUCAGGAAUGGGAUUAUAUGGGAGUGAGCUUUUGGUGAAGCGACCCAUUGCAGCCCAACUGAGGGGAAUUUAUGUGCUUGCUUUCAGUUUUAUACACACAGACAGAGGGUUUAUUUUGUGUGUUUGAUGAAACAGAUAUCCAAAAUGUUGUCUAAAGGGUGUGUUCACACUUGGUUUUAAUGAUUAUUUUUGAUUUGGACCAAAAAUGAAAAUAGCAGAGACUGAACCUAGAGCUUGCAAAAUAUAAGGGAUAGUUCACGCAAAAAAUUUUAUUUUCUUACCCUUAAGCUGUUAAAAACAUUGAGUUUCUUCCUUUUACAAAACAAGAUAUUUUGAAGAAAACAAAAAAAAAACCUGUAACUAUUGACUUCCAUUGUGGAAAAAAACUACAUACUAUUUAAGUCAAUGGUAACAGGUUUUCAGCUUUCUUCAAAAUAACUUGUUCUGUGAAGAUGGUUUGGGUGAACUGUCCAUUUAAAGGGUUCUUUUCUCCAACAGAACCUACCAAACUUCAAAGACAGUGCUGUGUGCAUAGUGUGAUGGUAUUUUUUAUCAUUUGAGAGCUUAUAAAAUAUGUAAUGGAGUCCAAACAAUGACUGAAAUUCUUCCUCACACAUGCAAAGAGGAUUAUACUUGCCUGAGAAUUCAUGAGAAUCAAUUGAACUUUUUGUCCUUUUUAGGGUCAUUCUGUGACGAUGUUUUUAAUUUAUUUAGAUCCCUUUGCUGCAUGUUGGAUUUCUGUUUCAGUUGAACGACUGAAUCAGUGUUUGUAAGGAAAACAAUUGAAGCCCCUCUUUUUAGUGGUCUUGAUUGUCCACUUUUUUGGUACAGAUCAGGACUAGUAUAGUUCACAAUUAUUCAAAUAAACCGCAUUUUUACUCUAAGUGUGUUUUAUUCAAACCAAACCUGCCAGGUGUGAAUACAUGCUAAAUGAAUUGGUCACACUUUACAGUAAGGUUCCAUUAGUUCAUAUUAGUUAUUAAUGUAUUUACUAUCUUGAACUAAGA